GGCCCUUGUCUUCUGUUGUUACAUUUGGUGUCGCUGCCUACCGACAAAUGGAAAGCCUAUGCCCUGCUGUUUUUGAUGGAGACAUAUGGAUCUUCGGGCAGGACUUCAAGGCUUCUGCGCAGUUGAGUGGCGUUCAAGAUCUGUCAGCGAUGGAGCUGCUACUUGGGGCGCUGCUGGGAGGUCGGGUGAAAGCAGCAUAUGAAAGUGUGAGCCGAAGUAUGGACGAAUGUUCGACAGGGUCAGGCAAACAGUUUCCAAAGUGGGAAGGACCAUAUAUGGUCACUUCGAGAUGGGGUUACGCAGACACAGUCGCAAUGGCGAACAAUAAGAGGCGCGUGAACGUCAGCGAGCUCCAGAAACGGAUACAGCGAGACAAGCCAACGAUGACGCCUGCACCAAGUAGAUCAAGCCGACUUCAGUCGCACGUAUUUGACGGGGGGACGAGUGUGGUGAGAGCAGGCUGCUAGCCGAUUGGUUGGCACUAAUCUACGUUAAGGUCUAGGUCACUAAUAUGGGCCGUGAACAAGGCUGAGUCAACAACC